AAGACGACCUAACCUUUGCCACAUACUGAGCGUUGCGAGAUGGCGAGAAGUGCGGAAAACACAAUACUCUCCCCUGAUGACGAGGCAGACGAUAACGAGAAUCUGCCUAUGAAAGUCUACAAACCGAGCACCUGGACAUCGCAACCAGGUGCCAGUUUGACUAAAUAUGGACAAAGAGGACAGCCUGCUGCUGCACUCCUGCGAAAGCAACGGUACGAUACAGAACGGAGCUCUGCAGCACCAUACGUGGAUCGGCCUCGGGGCCGUGGGAAAUACGACGUAGAUGUCCGUUUUACUGAAGAUGAAGAGGGAUUACACACAGCUACAGCCAUCCCGCAAAAGGAAUCAAAUGAAGAACUAAGCUCCGAAGCGCAAAACGCCGAUGGCCCUCCGAACAGUGGGAAUUAUGACGUAGAUGCAGGUCCGACUACAUAUGGACUGGGAGGGCAGCCCGCAACUACAGUACCCGAAGUGCGACUACGAAAUACAAAACGAAGCUCUCCAGCGCAACUCUCUGAUGGACCUCACAGCAGCGGGGGUUAUGACGUUGUCGAUGACGAGACACCAUACCUGGACCGUCCUCGGGGCCGUGGGAAAUACGACGUAGAUGUCCGUUUUACUGAACAUGAAGAGGGAUUACACAGAGCUACAGCCAUCCCGCGAUCAAAUGCAGAACUAAGCUCUGAAGCGCAAAACGCCGAUGGCCCUCCGAAACGUGGGAAUUAUCACGUAGAUGCAGGUCCGACUACAUAUGGACUGGGAGGGCAGCCCGCAACUACAGUACCCGAAGUGCGACUACGAAAUACAAAACGAAGCUCUCCAGCGCAACUCUCUGAUGGACCUCACAGCAGCAGCGGUUAUGACGUUGUCGAUGACGAGACACCAUACGUGGACCGUCCUCGGGGCCGUGGGAAAUACGACGUAGAUGUCCGUUUUACUGAACAUGAAGAGGGAUUACACAGAGCUACAGCCAUCCCGCGAUCAAAUGCAGAACUAAGCUCUGAAGCGCAAAACGCCGAUGGCCCUCCGAACAGUGGGAAUUAUGACUUAGAUGCAGGUCCGACUACAUAUGGACUGGGAGGGCAGCCCGCUACAACAGUACCCGAAGUGCGACUACGAAAUACAAAACGAAGCUCUCCAGCGCAACUCUCUGGGCCUCACAGGAGCGGGAGUUAUAACGUUGUCGAUGACGAGACGCGAACGGUACAAGAUAAUGAAGUAUUUAGUGAUGUGAGCAGCACAGGCUUCACAUCACAUCGUAGAACGGCUCCAACGUCCUUAUAUUCUCCGAAAAAGAAGGCGUAUCUCAAUAUUCCGGAGACUGAACAACGAGGAGAAGGUGGCGAUCAAUCUCAGUGGCGAAGGUUGUUGGACGCUACCAGCAUACGAGCCACUCUUCCUGACGCGCCGAAAGAGCGACGGAGUAUGCCGGCUCAAGACAGCCAAGGCUUGGCUUCAAUCCCCCGAAGCACACACGUGGGCUCCAGUCAUGUGACACCUGGGCCGAGUCCGGAAGCUUCCUCCCGAAAGGAAAUGGCCAACAUUCCAGCCUUGUAUCCUGACGGGCCGGGAGAAAAUGAUCCUGGCAUAUACUUUUACGACAACACGCCGUCGCGUUUGUUGGACCGUACCGCCAGGAAAAUUUCAAACGUCGUGGCGCCUCCAACCAGCACGGCUCCACUCGGAAAACAGGUAGCACCAGCCGGCGAGGAGGGCAAUGAAUCUCCUUCAUAUCAGACAGCCCCAGUUCGCAGCACAGUCGUUGAAAGCGCCGGCGAAGAUGAAGAUGACGAAAGCGCUGAAGAGACCAGCGAUAUUGGAACGCACGGCUUGCUAUACUAUGCCUGGGUGCUAAGCACGGCGCUGUUCAUGCUCUUGAUCGUGCCUGUGGCGAUACUGAUACUAUCACAUAGGCGCUCUGAUUUCGACGCGGCUCGUCUAAAAAUGAACGUGACAGCCCCAAUGGCUUGUGUGGAAGAUGUGAAUGACACAGUUAUGUGCAACGGGUACCCUAGCAAGUUGCCGAGCUUUGAAGAUGAGGACUGGCAGCCGUCCAAUGACAGCGCGCCCUUGCCGCCAGGUUAUUCGACAGCCGGCCGCCGGAGACCGGCCACCUCCGUCCGACCGGUUAUCUGCGUCCUAAACCUUGGGACACAGGAACUCUGGCAGCGAUACGUGGAUACCGAUACGAUAUCCUACUGCACCGUUCUUCUGUGGGAAAGCCUGUCUCUUGGCACGCCCAAAGACCAUAGGAUGGGCCGGCGGGGCACACUCGCCCUCGACCAGGAGAAGUUCAACCAGCUGGUGGACCACACGAAGCAGUUCCGAACAGCGGGGGACGGCAGCCUGCCCAUAUAUGUGACUCUCGGCGGCCAGCGCUUCGACAGCCAAGCUUACGUGAGCAUGCUGCUUAACGAAGACUGGCAAGUGUCCGUCACGGUUUCGCUCCAUCGUUUCAACGGCAUCUUCCACGGAGUCAACGUCUACUGGAACUAUCCACGCGACAGUUGCGACACAAAGAGCGUAGCGAGCAUGAAGGCAUUGCAUUUGUUCCUGCGGCGUCUUAAGAGCAGAAAUAUGGGUGUCAUGCUGACGGUGCCACCUGUCAGGGAUCUUGUGCGCCGCUACGGGCUGACAGACUCACUCCUUGACAGCCUGUCGUACGUGUUGGUGACGACGCAUAAGCUGCAACACUGCGAUGGCAGAGCUUCCUGCAGCGGGCUCCACCAGUUUGCGGCAAGCGCAUUCCUUCGGGUGCGGACGGACUACGGCAUCAGGCACAGACAGAAAUUCGCCUACAGUAUAUCCGCACGAGUGGACACCUUUUUGGCUAAUGUCGCCUUGGAUUCCACAAACAACGCGACAACGCCGGAAUUCGGCGCCACUUCAUGGAACAAGUCAUCGGAGUACCUGGGCCUCACCGAAGUGUGCCAUGCGAAGAAACUGUACAUGAGCAAGGACGACGAGUGCACGUUGGCAGUCUUGCACGACGUAGAAGAUUCUGACGGUGUCACAUGGCACAGAUUGGCGACGUACACCUCGCCCCACCAAAUACAGCUGCGGAUGCAGCGGGCUUUCGACGACGCAAUGGGAGACACUGCCGUGGCCUUGUUCGAUUCUCAGCUAGACGACUUCAGCGGGGAAUGUGAGGCCGAAGAGGUUCAGGCCAGCAGUCCGUCCUUGGUGGCUGCCAUCGCGACGACAGGCCCGCGAGCUUGAAGGAAUCCCAUAGGGGGAUCCUACAAUAGCCUCGCUGAGUUGUUUUCCAAGCCAGUGAACUUCCUUUGAACAGAGUUGCUGUCUUCUGUUUUCUUCAAGAGUGUUUCAAGGAAACAUGAACGUAGUCGGAACUUGGAGCUAGUGUCCACCGAUACUUGUUAUAUAUAUGUGAUUUCUGAACUUGAUAUGUUAUUUUAUGUAAAUGACAAGUGUAUCCUUUGAAAUUGUGAAGCCUGCUACACAUAGAAAGUGUGAUCAAAAUGUUUCAUUACGAAUAA